UGUUAUUAUCUUUUUAUUCGGUAUUUGUUCUUUGACAAUGGCGGAACAAAUUGUGCCUUUCCCGUACUCGUACUCCGAACUGGAAGGAGAAGACAAAGAGUUGGUUGAGAAGACUAUAGCAGCCAACCCCAUCGAGUACGUACGUGUGGGUCCCAAAGGCUACCUGAUCUUCAAGCCCUACUUGCGCGAUGCUGAGAACGUCUACAACAUGCCCCUCAGACCUAGCGACGUGUUUGUCGCUAGUUACCAACGAUCCGGCACGACAAUGACUCAGGAACUCGUCUGGUUGUUGUUAAAUGACUUCGAUUAUGAGAAGGCAAAGUCUAUACCACUCGUCGCCAGAUACAGUUUCUUGGAAGAAUUCAUGUUCAUUGACUAUGAAAAAAGGGAUAUUUUCAUUGCAAACAUGAAGAAGACUGAUCCGAAUUUCGACCCAUCAAAUUUAUUGAAGAUCGCGGAAAUGUUCAAAAUACCAGCGACUAAGAAACUGGCGAAGACUCCCUCACCACGCUUCAUAAAGACUCAUUUGCCGAUGUCUUUCCUGCCGCCGAAGGUCUUGGAGACCGCGAAGGUGGUGUACAUCGCGAGGGAACCCAAGGACGUGGCAGUGUCCUGUUAUCACCACAGCUUGCUUUUCAAAAUGCAGCAGUUCUCAGGAGGAUUCAAAGAGUUUUGGAACCUUUUCCACAAGGGCUUGUUCUCGUUGACACCAUUCUUUGAGCACCUGAAAGAAGCUUGGAACCUGAGACAUCACCCGAACAUGCUGUUCUUAUUCUACGAGGAUGUAACUAAAGACAUGCCCGCAGCUAUCCGCCGUAUCGGAGAGUUUUUCGGCAAAACAUUUACUAAGGAGCAAAUCGCAGGCCUCUGCGACCACCUCAACAUCAAAAACUUUAAGAACAACAAAUCGGUUAACAACGAGGAAUUGAGGGAUACUGGAAUGUUUGACGCCAACGAAACUUUUAUUAGGAAAGGUAAAUCUGGCGGUUGGCGCGACUACUUCGACGAGGAGAUGACACAGCAAGCGGAGAAAUGGAUAGCGGACAACCUGCGAGACACAGACCUGAGGUUCCCGACUCAUAAGUGAAGCAACAAAUUUGUUUAAACCUGUCUAAGUGUAUAAUAAAUAUUUUAAUGUUUUAUUGAA